UCUCUCUCUGUCUCUCGCUCUCUCAAUUUCUCUAGAUCUUAACCAGCUUGACGCCGGGCGGUGGUGGGUUCUGGACCGGAGAGAGCAUGCCAGACACUUGAAACCGAAGAUGGACGCUGCCGCCGCUGCAGCCCCCGUUCAGGAGGCCAUGGGUGGUGAUACUGUGGUGACGACGACGGGUGCCGCCAUGAGCUACCUCCUCAACAAGCUGGAACAGAAGCACAAAGACGGGGGCAAGUUCCUCAAGAAGGAGUGGAGGAGCAUACACGCUGUCCUCCACAUGUUGGCAAGAGUUCCCCCAGAUGAGCUUGACCAAGGAGUCAGGGACUGGGCACAACAAGUCAGGGAGCUGUCUUACAUGAUACAAGACACUGUUGAGUACCUUAUGGUGAGCGAGGAAGAGGGUUCAGGCCCCAGCCUGAUCUUCACGGGGCCGGGUCUCAUGAAGAAGAAGAUCGCCAGUUUCUUCAACAAACUUCAUGCCACUAUCCGCCGUGAAGAGAUUGAUGAUGCGAUCCAAGUCAUCAAGUACCGUGUGAAGGCCAUCGCUGUGUUCCGUCCAAGGUGCACAAUCAACCAUAAUCAGCCUUUCUUAUUGUCGUCAUCGGCGUCUACUGAUGAUCUUCGCCGCGGGUUGACUAAUAAGUACCGCGGAGAAGAUGUGAAAGAUCUCGUUGGUAUUGACAAGGCAAGGGAUGAGUUAAUCAAGAGGCUGGGAGAAGAAGGAAUUGGUAUUGAUCAAGUACCAAAUCAACAGCUGAAGACCGUUUCUCUUGUUGGAUGUGAAGGCUUGGGCAAGACAGCUCUUGCAAAGUUAGUCUAUCAAAUGCUUAAGCCGCGGUUCAAAUUCAGAGCAUAUGUUACCUUGUCUGGCAAUCCGGGCACUAGACAGGUUGUCACGGACAUGCUCCAGCAACUUGAUGAGAAAAAGUAUCAGCAGGGCAUCAUCAGUUCUGAAUUAGCAACAUGGGAUGAAACAAACCUCCUCAAAGAACUCAAAAAAUUCCUUCAGGACAAGAGGUUUCUUAUAGUUAUAGAUGACAUCAAGGACAUAAAAGCAUGGGAAAUAAUGAAAGCUGCUUGGAUGGACAAUAUCCAUCAAAGUCGAGUAAUUACAACGACUCGUCAUUUCAACGUCGCUGUACAAGCUGGUGAUAUUUACAAACUACAACCACUUUCUCAUGAUAAAUCAGAAGAACUAUUCUCUGCCAUAUAUCCUGCAGGUGGUAAAUGGCAACGGCCCCAUGGUCAGUCCGAUGAGGUAUCUAAACAAAUUUUGCAGAAAUGUCAUGGUAUACCAUUAUUUAUAAUCAAGGUAGCUGCUUUAUUGGCCGGUAAACCUAGAGAGGAUUGGUCCAAGGUGUGCAACUCCGUCCAUUUCGGGUAUGGAGACAAUGCAGAUGAAGAGGAUGAAAAGAUAUUGUUACGUAGAUACUAUGAUCUACCUUAUCAUCUAAAAACAUGUUUAUUGCAUCUCAGCGCAUUUCCAAAACAUGCAACUAUCAAGAAAACAACUUUAAUAUGGAAGUGGGUGGCCGAAGGUUGUGUCCCUGAGGAACCGGGGAUAGGGUUAUUUGAGCUCGGUGAGAGAUAUUACAAUGAGCUCCUCAAUAAAAAUAUGAUCCAGCCAGUGAAGGUAAGCUGGGAUCAAACUAUGAUAAAUGGCUGUCAAGUUGUCGAUAGGUUGUGUGAUAGGAAAUAUUCUUUGUCAGGGGAAGAAAACUUUAUUACUGAACUUGGUUAUCUUGAGCAACUUGGGUCUCAACAUGGCAUUGUUCGUAGGUUAGCCAUCGAUAUGAGAAAUCGAGACCACAACCCCAUUACGGCAACCACUUACAUGACACGAGUUAAGUCAUUACAUGCCACGAACUGUGAUUUCAAGAUGAUGCCUUCCCUUUCGAGUUAUCGAGCUUUGCAUGUCUUGCAUAUGGAAGGUUAUUGUUCUUAUGCUAGUGAUGAACGUCCUUAUCACAUUGAGCAUCUUGGGAGUUUAUCUCAGCUUAGAUACCUCGGACUGUGGAGCAUGUAUAUUCCUAAGCUCCCAGAAGAAAUAGGAAAACUAAAGUUUUUGCAGAUACUUGACUUGAAGCGCAGUAAGAUAAAAGAAUGGCCGCAGAGUGUUGGUCUGCUAAGUCAACUUAAGUGCCUACGUGUUUACGAAGAUACAGAAGGAGUAGGGGAUUGGAUAGUCAAAUUGACAUCUCUGGAAGAGCUAACACUAGGCUUUGUAAGUGAGAUGUCUGCUUUUGUGGAAGUGCUGGGCAAACUAACGGAACUGAGGAAGGUGAAGAUCGAUGUUGGGUGGAUGUCCGAUGAAUCUGAAAAACAAUUUGUGGAUUCCAUGAGCAGACUGCGAAAAGUUCAAAUCCUGCAGAUUAAUAAGGAUUGGUCGCGGUCAGGUAGGGAGGUCUGGGAGGACUACAUACCUCCUCGACAACUCUAUCGUCUCAGACUUCAUUUCCAUGGACUGCCUCUGUGGUUUAAGUCCUCGCAUCUUCCAAAUCUCUUGCAUUUAACCGUCCGUCUGGCUGAUGUGGAGGUGCAGGAUGCGAUGGACAUCCUGGGGAAGUUCCCAGAACUUAUUACUCUCGAGUUACGGCUGCCGGAUGGUGUCUUUGCUGAUGUCUUGGGCGGCGAUGCAUUUCCUAAGUUAAGGCACUGCGCCACAUCUGCACCGCUGAGGUUUCUGGAGGGAGCUAUGCCGAGCAUUGAAUCUAUUGAGUUGAGCCGUUUAAGAAUCAAGGACUUGAAGGAUGCCAAAUUUGGCUUUGACUUUAGUAGCUUGGGGAACCUCGCUUUGCUUCGGAAGGUCAAAGUUAAAAUCAGUUCCUAUGAUGCCGAUGCUAAGGAUGUGAAGGAAGCAGAGUCAGCGAUGUGGCAAGCAGUGGACUUGCUCAUAUCACAAGGUCGCAACAUUGAUGUCACUGGACUUCCUGAACGUGUGGCCGAAGAUGAAGAAAUCAUAAAACAUGGUGAAGGUGUCUCCGACUCCAAGCAGAUUAUAGACGACAAGGAGGUAGACAACGACGAUGAUGAAGGCAAGGUUGAAAUCACAGAAGAUGGUGCAGACCAAGAGGUUGGUAUUAUUGAAGGCACCGGCAAUAUACAUGCCACCGGUUAGCAGGACGAAUACGUCAUUUUUGUUGGCCUUUACUACAUGGCUAAACCAAAUAGAGUGAACUUCGCAUUUAUAUUAAUUACUGGAUCGAACAACCAGCCAGUUUCUCCUAUGUCAAAGGUUAGAAAAAAUCUGAGUCAUAAGUCCUUUUUAAUUUAUAGUUUUCUUAGGUCUUUUGUUGCUUCAUUAUUUAAGCCAAAAAACAAAAAAUAUAUUUCCUAGGUUAUUAUAUAUAUCAUCCUUCGUCCUUAUUAGCAGAAAAAAAGGAAACUACCAAAAAAAUUAUUUUAUUAUAUUUUCUUAGGUCUUUUGUUGCUUCAUUAUUUAACUCAAAAAAAAUUCCUAUGUUAUUAUAUAUAUCAUCCUUCGUCCUUAUUAGCAGAAAAUAAGGAAAUUACCAAAAAAAAAUAGUACAUCCUAUUUUUUUUGGCAUUUAAUAGUUUUUCUUUGCUCUUCUUUUUCAAAGAGAAGACAUUAGUUCAAAAAAAAAAGGUUCUGUGUGUGAUGUGUGUGUGCACGCGGGGGGGCUCGCGUGUGGGUGUUUUGGGGUGAGGGAAAGGUUUGAAGUGGAGGGGUGGUGGU